AUGGCAUACUCCAUGCUUGAAUCUGGCCUCCAAGCCUUGAUUCUGUGUGGGCCUGGAAACUCUUUUGGAAAUCUACUGAAUACAGAGAAAACUCCAAAGUGCCUUGCCUUGGUUGCCAAUAGACCGAUGGUAUAUUACUCGUUAGACUUCUCUAAGAGGUCAGGGAUCACGGAUGUUACCCUUAUAACGCCCCCUUCGGCCCUCGCACCCAUCAAGGCUGCCUUAGAGAAGAAUCCAUUCUUGAAUUCCAUCUCAUUGCCGAAAGUCCUUGGCCCGCAAGACCUUCUGGAAACAAUGACGACUACAGACCUCCUUCGUCUUCCCGAAGUCCAAGCAUAUAUACAGUCCAACUUUCUUCUUCUUCCUUGUGAUCUUGUUUGUGACAUCGGCGAGUCUCUAUUAGAACAUUGGGUUUUAUCUGGAACUCGAAGAACCCUAGACUGUCAGGGAAGUCUCUGUCUGUACUAUAAAGCGGACGUGAGCGUCAAAGACGAGAUCUUGGAUCUGGUAGCUGUGGCAUCGCCCAAACGGACUGACAUAUCUUCGACAUCUAACCAUGAACUAUCGAAGCUGGUCAUUUCCAUGGGAAUGGAUACUAUUAAAAGCAAAAUGGAGAAGGAAAAGUCAUUUUCCUUUGGUCGAUCUUUCACAGAAAAGCACGACAAUUUUAGAUUAUUAACUGGAUAUCGUGAUGCACACCUCUACUUCUUUCCUUACUGGGUCAAAGAUCUAAUCCGGCGUCAAGAAAGACUUGACUCUGUCAAGGAAGAUCUAAUUGGUUUUUGGGCUAAGUCUCAAUGGCAGCAGGGAUUGGGGGAAAAGUUAGGAAUAGAGGCCUGUUUACGCCAACUGGACGAAAGCCAAGAAGUCUACUGUCAGGAUGUGAGCACUUCCACUCACGGGAUAUCACAAAAUCACUUGCGAGGACCUGGACCAAUUCAACACCCAAUGAAAAUACCGCCUCUUUUAGCAUAUCUCCAAACAGAGUCCGCACAAUUGACUCGUCGUGUCGAUAACCCUGCUCUUCUUCUAUCUACAUCUCUCUACCUCGCCAAGAUAGACUCGAAGCAAGAUAUCAUCUUCCCCGCUCAACCAGCUUCAUUUUCUCAUGACCAAAAGAUCUCCUAUCCCAGAGGUAUAUCUGAGUGGUGUAGCAUCUCGAAGGCUGAUUGCUUGCUUGCAUCUGAAGUUGUCGUUGAGAAAAAUUGUGUUAUCAAAGAAACUUGUAUAGGGCCAAACUCGAAGAUCUGCAGCGGUUCUCAGCUCACACUGUGUGUUAUUCUUGACAAUGUGGCUAUUGGUGAGUGCUGUGUCUUGAGUGGAUGUAUAGUUGGGGGUCGGAGUUUGGUUGGCAGAAGGUCGGUGCUUGAGGACUGCCAGAUUCAAGAGGGUUAUACUGUGCCUGAAGAAACAGAUGCCAAGAAUGAAAUCCUCAAGCCUCUCUCCACCGAUAUUUUGGGGUAG